AUGAGAAUAUGGCAUCAUGAGGAUGAUGUUGAAACAUGGCUGGCUGGCUAUGCCUCAACAACAACAACAGCAGCCGCAGCAGAACUGCGCACACCAGCAACUGUUUAUAAAAAUGGAGUGCUGGUAACGCGAAGGCCCGUACUGAGUGUGCGCCGACGAUUAAUUACCACAACACCAGCGCCAGCGUCUGCAGCAACAGCGACAGCAUCCGAGGCAGCAGCAGCAACAACGGCAGUGACCACCACCGAAAGCUCUAUAGCAACCACAACACAAUCAUCAUCUGCAGCAGCAAUAACAACAACAGCCAAACCUUUGUCUGCCAUUGAUGCUGAUGACGAUGCUGAUGAAGAUGAUGUUCGAACAACCUCUAAAUAUACCCGUUUACGUUUUACAUACUUGACCACCACGACCGCUUCACCUACGACCAGCCAAGAUAGCCAAACCACACCAUUGCCCACAACAUUCCCCAAAGCCGGCAACAAAUCGAAAAAACAACAAAGAACUGAAAAUGAUUUGAGUUUGACGCCAUCGGCAGCCAAUGAUAUUGGCGGCUCUGCUGCCAAACAACAACAACAGCAGCAACAACAUAAAAGUUCGCCGUCUUCGCUGGGUACAGCAACGACCACGACGACCACUUCGUUCCGUCGUAAAUAUCAGGCACGUCGCUUAACCACAACAACAGCAUCGCCCACAAAUGCCGAUGGUCUGGGAUCAGAUCAACCACGUACACAGAACCCUCUAUUCAAGAGACGUUUCAGUUUGACAACCACCACUACGACUACGGGGCCAUCGACAACCCUGCCACCCUUUAACGUUAGAACAUUGUUGCCAACACGGCUAAAGGCCGGCACCACAAUACGUCCAACGACUGGUGGUGUAACUGUUACCACAGACGCUCCACUCACGACCAUCUAUUUCGAUAGUUUAGACAACGACGAGGACACCGAUCAAGUGGCCAAGUCCAGCAUUCAUACAAGUCUAUUCAAUCAAAUUAAUGGCCGCCUCCACAACGACGACGAAGAUGAAGAUGAUGAGCGGCGUGGCGUUGGAGUGGCAUUGGCCACCACCCGUUUGAUAAACAACGUACAAAAGCCAACGGCCCAGUCAACAACCUCACGGGAUCCAACAUCACGAUUUUUACAACAUCAGCAGCAGCAGCAACAACUAGAGAGUAAUCAACAAAUCUACAACUACCGGGGGGACCAGUCACAUCAUCAACAGCAACAACAGCAACAGACAAAUUAUAAUUUGGAGGAUGUCAUAACCAGGCGAAUGGAUGGCACAGCAGGUGGUGGCGGCCGAGGUUCAAUUAGAGCCUCGAGUACCACAUCAACGCUGCGGCCAACAUCGAGAUAUCUCUCCAGCACCACCCCCAGCACGGCCACAUCGCCAAAACCCUUGCUCAAAAAACGCAAAUUGAUAGUCAAACAGCAACAGAAACCAUCAAAGCCAACACCCAUUUCCACAUCGGAUAGCCAAAAAGUAGGCAGUAACCGUAGGCCGCACAAAUAUCAAGAGCCUUUUAAUCGACCCAAUAGCUAUGACACGAAGGCCGUUUCGAAAACGUCGUCGGAACGUACCAGCUACGAUUAUGACUAUUACGAUGAUGAUGACUCUCGAGUGGUGGGGAAUCGUAAAAAUCAGCAGCUCAAAGUGAUUCUGCACGGUGGGGGCUUAAUUGAAUGUCUGGAUCAAGGUAACUUCCCGCAUCCACUGUCGUGUCGCAAAUUUAUAUCCUGUGCCAAAUUCGAGACGGGCGGUGUUGUGGGCUGGGAAUAUACCUGCCCUAAGGGUCUCAGCUAUGAUCCGGUGGGUGGCAUGUGCAAUUGGGCAGCUGGCCUGGGAUGCAAUGAAUAG